AUGGCUCCCUCUUUGUCCAGCGUCUGGACCCAGUUCUUCCCGCCGAAGCCUCGAUUCACCGAGAAAGACGUAGGAGAUCUGAGCGGCAAGGUCUAUAUCGUGACUGGCGGCAACUCCGGGCUCGGUAAAGAGCUUUCCCGUCUGCUUUAUUCCAAGAAUGCAAAGGUCUACCUGACCGCACGCUCUGAGGAGAAGGCCAAGGUAGCGAUUGCGUACAUCAAACAUGCUGCCCCUACAUCUACUGGCUCGAUAGUCUUCCUCCCCUUAGAUCUGGAGGACCUGGCCUCCAUCAAGACAUCAGCAGAUCGCUUUCUAGCAGCUGAGACCCGAUUGCAUGUACUCUUCAACAACGCAGGAAUCCAGGGCCCAGAGGGUGCGAUCGAAAGGACAGCUCAGGGUUAUGAGAAGCAAUUGCACGUAAACUGUCUUGGCCCCUUCCUUUUCACCCAGUUCCUCGGUCCAGUACUUAGCGCCACCGCCCAAGACCCGGCUACACCACCGAACACGGUUCGCGCAAUCUUCCUGUCAUCGUGUGCAGCCGAGUUCUUCUGUGAGCAGAACACAGGCUUCGACAUGAGCAACCUAGAUUACCAUGUCGACAAGCCGAGUAAAUAUCGCUACGGUAUCAGUAAGCUCGGCGACUGGGCCUAUGCCGUCGAGAUGUCGAAGCGUUUCAAAGGCGUCAUUGGCGUGCCAAUCAAUCCGGGGAAUCUGCAAACCGAGCUGUUCCGUCACCAGAGUGCCAUAUUCAGACUGUUGACGCGGCCCUUCAACUAUCCACCGGCCAACGGGGCGUACGCAGAGCUUUGGGGCGGUCUUUCUCCUGAAGUUACGGCAGAGAAGUCUGGGAGCUACGUCGUGCCCUUUGGACGAUUCUAUCCUAUUCGUGGCGACCUCGAGGCAGCAGUCACACCAGAAUCGCAAGGCGGCAACGGGACUGUGGCCAAGUUCUGGGAAUGGAGCGAAGAACAGGUCAAGGAGUACUGUUAA